CCGCCAGAAGGGCUUCAGUUGUGUGUGUGCUGUCGUGGUGUGAACACUGUACUCGGUCUGACGGCUGCCUCCACAUCCCCAACUUCACCAGUACUACCCAAGACGGUUCGUGAGACAGGAAGAGCUCCACUUCCAGGACGGUUCGUGAGACAGGAAGAGCUCCACUUCCAGGACGGUUCGUGAGACAGGAAGAGCUCCACUUCCAGGACGGUUCGUGAGACAGGAAGAGCUCCACUUCCAGGACGGUUCGUGAGACAGGAAGAGCUCCACUUCCAGGACGGUUCGUGAGACAGGAAGAGCUCCACUUCCAGGACGGUUCGUGAGACAGGAAGAGCUCCACUUCCAGGACGGUUCGUGAGACAGGAAGAGCUCCACUUCCAGGACGGUUCGUGAGACUAGAAGAGCUCCACUUCCAGGACGGUUCGUGAGACGGGAGUUCCAGGAAAUACCUUCCGGACAGAGACAUGAAGCUCACUACAUUUCUACUCGUCUUCGUUUGUGGUGUACAGGUCCCCCGGAUCUGUACAGCUGGUUCACAGGAGGAGGCGCAGGUGGGUGGUUUGAACACACAGGGGAACAGGUGCGAGAGAGCAGGUGGGAGGUGCCUGGUAGGCCAGUGGGCGUGGUGCAGCGCCCACCUGUUGUACAACGAUUGUCCUGUCGGCACUUCCUGCUGUCUAGAGGCUUCGUCCGGGGAGAUGAACAAGACCCAAGAGGCUUCCCUCGGAAGGAAAGUUCUGCAGCUGUCGCCGAGAACAGUAGAGAACAGAGGUAUCAGAGGCAAGAUAGAGGACGAGACACCACGGACGAGGAAAAACAGGAAUGACAAAAGAAGACAACACAAUGGAGGAAACUCGAGGAGCUUAAGACGCCCAAAUGAACGCGGGCGGAAAAAUGAGAAACGUCCCAAGAAAAAAGUCGAUGAGAAACGUCUGAGACGUAAAAGUGGAGACAAACGCUCCGGACAUCGUGAUGGAAAACAGGUUAAAAGAAGUGGCAAGACAUACACCCAAAGGCAAGAAGGACCUGGUGAGCAGCGACGGGAACUCAAGACAGUCAAGAAGAACAAGACGAAGAAAUAUAGGAAGAUGCAAGAGAAAAAACAUCGUGUGAGAAUUGAUUUUAAUGACGACGAUGUUCAACUUCCUACAAAGACCAAGAAGCAUCAAGACAGACAACGUGUCAAACCUGUUCACAAACACACUCUUAAAAAGAAACAAAGCAACAACAAAGCUUGUCGACAAGGAUCCAAGUGUUUGAAAAAAGGCGGGACUUGCAAGAAGUCGUGUUCGAAGAAUGAGAAUGAAAUCCCCAAAGGAUGCAAAGGAGGAUGUCGCUGUUGCUCCUCCUCCUCUUCUGCCUCCUCCUCAGGAGGUUGCAAAGUGAAGAAGACGUGCAAGAAGCUUGGGGGCGCGUGCAAGACGUCUUGUUCCAGCGGGGAGACGGAUGCCGGCAAGGGCUGCAAGGGCCGGAACUGCAGGUGCUGCGUAGCCGGCAGUGGCGGAGGAAAAUGCCAGCUGAAGUCCUCGUGUGAGGCCCUGAAGGGCUCCUGUAAGGCGCUGUGUUCGGCCACCGACGUACUCAUCCCGGACGGGUGUCAGGGCGCCGCGUGCCACUGCUGCGUGUCCAAGAUCGUGGGGUGCCCCAGCUCCUCGGAGUGCCCAGGGCGGUGCAUGGCCUCCUGUCCCGGCGUCCUCUCCACUGCCAGCUGUCUGGGCUCCACCUGCUCCUGCUGCCUAGACUGCAAGUCCAGCUCGGAGUGCAAGGACGCUAAUGGCGUGUGCAGGGCCGAGUGCUCAUGCGGGGAGAAGGAGCUGCGUGAUGGGUGCUCAGGCAACGGCUGCAAGUGUUGCAUCCCUGACGUGCCCAAGUGCUCAGGUGGCUCACGGUGCUCAGGAGAGUGCGUGUACGGACCGCUGUGCACAGGUGCUGUUCUGUCCAACGUCACUUGUUCAGGCCAGACUGGGUGCGCCUGCUGCACCAAAGGGUGACCUUGAUCGACUCCUUUGGAACAGUAUUACCACUAAUAAAUUUUUCUAACUGUGUUUUGCUCUUGGCUUGGCUCUUGGGAGUAAGUUUAACGUCGCUGCUCGCUGACGUGAGGCUGAAAAUCUGCUCGUAUUUUUUAAUAAUGUAUUACUGAAAAUAUCUUGCAGAGAAA